ACCAGAGGCCCUACGAUCAAAGAUGGAUACACAUUACGGAUCAUGUAUGGUGCACACAAAAAUGAUAUCAAUCCUCCAAAGCUAAGCUCCGUUCCGGAUAUGGCGUCCACGUACAUAUUUGGCCCGAGAAAUGGAUCAAUUGGUAUCGUCCGUACAGCUUCACACCUACGAGGCUACGAACUGGGAUGCUUAGUCAUUAGCGCCUUGACAUAGUUAAACACAGAUGCCUUGUUUCAACCUGAAAAUUUUGGUUCCCAACUCUUUC